AAGCAAUAGUUCGUGGAGUGAUCUUGUCAGAACGACACCUUAUCUGGCUGCAGUGGAUUCUCUUGGUUUGGUGAGCUGACAAGAAACCUGGCUACUUGACGAUUACAAUUUCAAGUAGCAUCUGUCAACUUUUUGGGAUCUUGGACCCGUCGUCAGAAAAUAAAAAAAUGUCCUGGCAAAGUUAUGUGGAGAGCCUGAUGGCAGAAGGCACCUGCCAGGAUGCAGCCAUUGUUGGCUAUGGUGACGCCAAAUAUGUCUGGGCGUCAUUAAGCGGCGGCACGUUUGCCAACAUCACACCCGCUGAAAUCGACGUGAUGGUGGCAAAGGAACGGGACUCUUUCUUCACCCAGGGGCUGACCUUAGGCAAUAAAAAAUGCUCUGUACUCAGAGACAGCCUCAAUGUCGAUGGUGACUGGACAAUGGACUUCCGGACCAAGAAUCAAGAUGGAGGGCCCACGUACAACAUUUCUGUAGCCAGAACUGACAAAGUGUUAGUUUUGGUCAUGGGGAAGGCAAGUACCCACGGAGGGGUGCUUAACAAGCAAGCGUAUGGGAUGGCGGAAUACCUAAGGAGGUCUGGAUACUAAAGCGGCCCUUUUCUACCCAGCUAUCUGUCAACCACUUCCUGUCCCUGUUGACAGUUCCUCUCCUCAUUCCUGCCCAAACCGUCUUCACCUUUUUAGUUGUUCCAUAGCCAAGAUAAGCUGAGGACAAAGGAAGUCAGUGAACAAAGACAAACAACAUGAAAGCCAAGCAAUUGGACAUUUUUCUUCCGUGUCCCGUUGGGUGUAAGCGCUUAGAGAGCAGCCAAUGCAUUUCUUUGGGGAUGGGAACAGUUUAAAAAAAGUAGCUAAUCGCAUCUUCCACCUUUCCCAACAACGGCCUACUGGAGGAGCGACUGCGUGCGUAUCUGUUGACUUUCCUGCCCUUCACACCGUACCAGAAAAAGCCCUUUUUGCCGGAUGCCCUCAGUUCUGCGCACGCAUGUCACCCUGUCUAGGUAUUGUAGUUUGACGCAGUUUAACAAUCAUGAAACUGAAUGUUUCUCUUGUUUUCUACACAUCAAAAAGCAAUGGACAUUCCGCAGUUAACAUAUCGGGUAUUUUAUUACUGUUUUUCUUUUGGCAGCUUCUGUAAUGUACCUCAUUUGUUAACAGCCGCCAUUUUGUUGGACAAUAGAUAUCACUGCUUUCAAACUA